CAAGACGUAACAGAAAGAUAUUAUUCUUUCAACCAACUCGACCUGAUACAGAUCAAUGGCAGUACUUUGGCUGCGAUGAAGCGGUUCACUGGCCCUUACUUUCCUAAAUGCUACAAAUAUGUGGACUAUUGCUGACUUUUAUAUGGGAUACAACAUUUGCAGUACUUCUGAACGCUGCAGGACAUCAAGUGUUUAAACUCCCUCUCAGGACCAGCAAGUACAUUUGGAAGAGAUUUACAUCCACCUCAGCCACACUCACCAGCAGAUGUUCAAGGCAGUCAAAGAGGGCCCAUAUUUAUGAGAGCGCAGUGAGCCGAGGUGAGCCAGCGGACCCCGUAGCGGUCCGAGCGGUGCGGAGGUCAACCAGUUUCAUCAACCCAAUGGCCUUCUUCAGGAGGGCAGACGCAGCUAAAGACAACUCCAGAAUCUACUACAUCUACAGCAACCCACUUCCUGUGGGGGCCAAGGAGGACGAAGAAGACCAAACUAGGCGAGCCGGGCUUCCGCCGCCACCGUCCAUCGAGGAGUACGCCCAGGACCCCCACAGCGGCAUCAUCCUGGACCCUCCCGUUUUUUACAUGCAACUUUAGAAGGUGGUGUUGGAAGUGGAAGUAGUCUGCGAUGGUGCUACAUUCCACCGCAGACGUGAAAACGGUUUGUUUUUUUUGUGGCUCUGGAAGAACUUUGUGUGUGUCGUAAUGAUGUCAUCACCGUCAGCACGGCACAGCUGGAAAGCUGACAGAUUUAAAGUCUACAAACUUCGGAACACGUGUGGGUCUUGGGAAAGAUGCAUCAUGGGAAUUGUGGAAUUCUGCAAUUAUGUGUUUGAUUUUCCGUUGUGAUUUAGUCUUUGACAUCUACAAGUGCGAUCAUUACACGCUUGAUAGUUUACGCACGGUACUUCUCAUGUGUUUCAUAUUUAGUGUGUAAUAUUGUUAUGGGAGUUGGAAGCAAAACUGUGCUGAAUGACAUCCAUUUCCUAUAUCGCUUGUCCUUAUUAGGGUGUUGUUGCAAUAUGAUUUUGAACACAGGAUAGCCAAAAUCUAUACCGGCCCUCAACAUUAAGUAUGUCUGCAGGAACAUGCACAGACUUUUUGGGAAGCUCAUUCUAGGCACUCAAGUCAAAAACAUAGGGCAAAACUAACUACAGUAUAUAUCAGGGGUCACCAACGCGGUGCCCGCGGGCACCAGGUAGCCCGUAAGGACCAUAUGAGUAGCCCGCUGGCCUGUUCUAAAAAUAGCUCAAAUAGCAGCACUUACCAGUGAGCUGCCUCUAUUUUUUAAAUUGUAUUUAUUUACUAGCAAGCUGGUCUCGCUUUGCCCGACAUUUUUAAUUCUAAGAGAGACAAAACUCAAAUAGAAUUUGAAAAUCCAAGAAAAUAUUUUAAAGACUUGGUCUUCACUUGUUUAAAUAAAUUCAUUAUUUUUUUUUACUUUGCUUCUUAUAACUUUCAGAAAGACAAUUUUAGAGAAAAAAUACAACCUUAAAAAUGAUUUUAGGAUUUUUAAACACAUAUACCUUUUUACCUUUUAAAUUCCUUCCUCUUCUUUCCUGACAAUUUAAAUCAA